AUGAUAUAGACANUAUAUUUAUAAAGGGAUCCAGAAGUGUUAUUGAAUGAGCAAAUAAAAUAAUAUAAUCCAUUUUUAACAACUCAAUAUUUAAAAAAGAAAUUAUAAGUCAAUAAAACAUUAGAUGAUUUAAUUAAAAUGAGAAAGGAAUUAUUAAUGAAAUUGUAAGAAGAUGUUAAGAAUAAAGAAAUUAAUAAAUUAUAAGCUAAAAAUAUUGUUAGUAAAAUUAAUAAUAUUCUUCAUGAUAAAAUUUAAGAAAUAAAGGGUGAAUUAAGAAGAAAACAUUCUUCUCCAUAUUAUAAAUAGAAAACUAAUUAUAUUGAUAUUUUAUUUGAUGAAAAUGAUAUUGAAAAAUUAGAAGUUUAAUAAUCACCUGAUAGAUAUCUUGAUGUAGAUUUAUUAUAUGGAAUGGAUCAAUUAGUUACAAGAAAGAGAUCAAGAGCAGAAGAAAAAUUGAUUACUUAUUAUUUGAUGAAUAAGUAAAUGGAAGGCAAAUAAUUAAAUAAUUAAGAAUUACAAUUUUUAGAUUCUUUGAGUCUUUAUUAACCAAAUGUUUAAGUUACUUAAUUACGUAUAAAAGAUAUAUAAUUUGAUGAUCUAAUUCAUUCAGAUUUCAAAUAAUUUGGAGAUUUUAGUGCUAGUGAUUUAUUAUUAUAAUUAAGUCAAUUAUUUGAUGAUUAAUUAUUCUUGGAUAUUUUAAGCAAUAAGUAUUAUAAAAAAUAAGGAAUUUAACAUCAUUUUAGAAGAAGAGAUAAUUAAUUAUAUUUAUAAUAAUAGGAAAAAUUAAUUUGGAUUGAAGAAUCUAGAUUAAAUGAUGAAGAAUUAAAAGAUCUUAGAGAAAUGUUGUAAGUAGGAAAAGUAUCAGAUCAACAUAUUGAAUCAAUGAAUGAAACUGAUUAUCCAUUAUAAAAUGUAUAUAGUUGGAUACAUGCUAAAUCUGCAGAAAAGUUUGAUUUAUCUCUUUUAGAUUAACACAAUUAGGAAUUAUGGAAUAAUAUAUUUAAAUGUUAAUAUGAAAAUACAACUGAAUAAUAAUUACAUGAUGUAGUCAAUCUAUUAGUAGAAAGAUAUUAUAUAUUAUAAUUCCAUCCAGUUACUUAUUUAAGGUAACUCUUAAGAAUGAUCUUAACUCAUCCAAAUUUAUCCACACUUGAUAAAAAAGUAAUUAUUUUUUUAUAUAUAAAAUAAUAGAAUCUUUAAUGUUUGAAAAAGACUGUAGGUUUUAAUUCUGAAGAUAUUUUGGCUAUUUCCAAAUCUGAAGCAGCUAUUACUGUUCCAUCUUAUUUAAGUGAAAUGUGUUACCCUUAUGGUGAGAAAUUAAGUAUAAUUUGAUGUACAAGG